UUAUUCGCGAUUCAUUAAGGAAGAACGCGGUUACAAAACAGUCUCGUGAUUUAAUAUCAAAGUAUUUUGUUGCAAUACAAAAUUUUAUUAUAACAAUAUUUUUCUAGUUAAUUAUAGAUAUUUUUCAUGUUGAAUAAGUACCUAUCGUAUUCGAGUUACUAAGCGCUUCAAAUUUUUGUUUAUAAAAUAAAUAUGUUUCAAUACGUUUGUGUUCCAAUGACACAAAGUUUAAUGAAAAUAAUUUUUUUAGUGCUUCUAUAAUAGUGCUAUUAGGUACAAAAUAUUUAAUAAUGUAUAAAUAUAUAACAUUAUUGUCGUGUUUGUGUGUUGUUGCAGCACAACAUGAGAAGUCUGAAGGCGCCGAGUGCUCAGAUUCUAUCGGCAAUUCAGGGAGAUGUGUCAGGAUCAGACACUGCAAAGAAAUUGAAUUCAUCAAGAAAGAGCGCUACUCUAACAUCUGCGGGUCCAGCGCAAAAGACCCGAUAAUAUGCUGUACAAGGAAAGACUUGAGAAAUACUGAUACCUGCGAGCCGGCCAGUCCUCGUCGGCCAGACAUGAAAAUAGGAAAAAUUGCUUACCAUAAGUGCGUGGACUACCAAGAACAGAUCAAGUUUCCGUGUGUAGGAUACACAUACUACGCGCAAAUUAACGGUUCGACCCAGACUCGGUAUACCCGCCGCGAUGGCUGUUCCGACCCUCCUUCUCUUGUAAUCGGCUCGAGCGGAGUCGAUGCUAGCAGAGGACAAUUCCCCCACAUGGCUCUGCUCGGCUACGUCGAGGAUGAGAGCGAGGUGGAGUGGCUGUGUGGAGGGACCAUCAUUAGCGAGCAGUUCAUCUUGACUGCUGGCCACUGCACCUCGCACAAGCAGCUAGGUCCAGUAUCGCUGGCAAGACUGGGCAUACUGAAGAGGUCAGACCCUGACAAGGUGGCGCGGGAUUACAAAAUCAAGAGGUUCCUUCUGCACCCGGAGUACAAGCCACCUGCAAAGUACAAUGACAUCGCUUUGCUAGAGACUGAGAAGAGGAUAGUGUUCCUGAACAAGCACGUAGUCCCGGCGUGCCUGGACGCGGGCGAUGCUGACGUCGAGAGCGACGCGGAGAUGGCGUCCGCUACCGGAUGGGGAGCGCUGGGCGAUGGCGAGCCGAAUGCUGACGUACUGCAAAGAAUGGAUAUCGUCAAGUUUUCGACGGAAGAAUGCUCGGCAUUGUACAAACCGUAUCGUCUCCUGAAGACCGGGUUAGACAACUUCACGCAAGUCUGCUACGGCCACCGACAGAUACCUCGGGACACGUGUAAGGGGGACAGCGGGGGCCCCCUCCAAGUGGAGUAUGGAGGAGUAAACUGCAUGCACAAGGUGAUCGGAGUGACUUCUUUCGGCAGAGCGUGCGGGAAUACCGGCCAGCCUGGCGUGUAUACGCGAGUCAGGCCCUAUGUCCCCUGGAUAGAGAGUGUAGUGUGGCCCGCCCAGGGGACUGAUAAAUGUGUUUGCUUCUAAAUAACCUGUAGGAACCUAUAAGUGGUUUACAUGUUGCCUAAUUUGUUAUUAUUAUACACUGCAAAACCCAG